GGACCAAGUGGUUUCAGGUAGCAUCGCUUAUCUGCCAGUUCGAGACGCGAUAGCGUGCACGUUGACAUUCAAGAAUGAAGCUCGCGAUUCUUGUAGCUUUGAGCUGGUGCGUGCUGGCGCACGCCAGGCCUCAAUCUGUGAGCGAGCUCCUAUCAGGUCUUUCCGUUUCAGACAUAUCAGACCAAUCGCUGUCUGGAGCGGACGAAGGCGAUGGCGCGGAUUCGCCCGGUUUGUUAUUGAAUAUAAAAGCCCGCAGUGCUGGCACGGAACCAACAGAAGGAAGUUCGGAAUCAUCCUCACGAAGCAGUAGCGCCGAGGGCGGCGACGGUGCUGGGUCGAGUACAGCUGGUUCAGGUGGCUCGGGAGACGGCGAAAGUAGUUCAGAGUCAAGAAGUUCAUCGUCCGCUCUUUCGAUCACGCGUGUACUCCCAAGCGUAGUAACUGUGAAUAACGUUGCUUACGUUAUCGGCUUGCUCCUAGGAACCGACAGUAUCGAAAACAUCUCGGGACUCAUUGAGUACAUCUUCAAUGACACUUCCCUCGGAUCGAUCAUAUCAUCAGUUGCAACUACCGCGCAGGGAAUCCUAUACACCGUUUUCAAUGUCGCGUUCUUCCCAGGACACGCCAUAUUCGGCGUACUGAGCGUCGCCAGGUUGUUCCUGUCGCUCGCUUACAGGUUAGUCAGCAGUCUCUAGGGGACCUAACUUCUACUCGGUGCGCUUAAUUAUUGUAAAUCCAUGAAGUUCAACGGUG